AUGUUGGCUCUUCAUAGAGCGCGCCUGCGGUCGCCAAUACUCAAACCACCGUAUCGGAGCCCCACAGACCGUCGUUUUUUUGUCCAGAGCGUUUGCAAUGGCUUUCUCGAUCUCGCACUUGCAUUGCCGAUUCCUCCAUCGCUCCCGACAUAUUCAACGACUAUAAUCAUUGUCACUCUCGUCACUCGUUUUGCCCUUCUGCCUGUCUCUAUAUGGGGUAAGGAGCGUUCACGGCGAUUGGAAGAGAUCGUCAUUCCGGAAGUCGAAAAAUUAAAGCCCCUCGUCUCGAAGCGCGUUCUAGAGGAGAUGAAGGCGGCUGGCAUACGGGGAGACAAAAAGGCCUUGCAAAAAAUGCAUUCCGAGAAAUGUGUACAAGUGUUAACUGCACGACGGAAGGAACUUAUGAAAGAACACAAAUGUAACCCCGUUCCAACCAUUGUAAUCCCCCCAUUAUCACAGCUGCCCGUAUUUGUUGGUUUCACCAUCGUCUUGAGUCGCCUUUCUGUCGUCCCGACGCCUCUAGACUCGGAGAGUUUCUUCACAUUGACCUCCCUGAUACAUCCUGAUCCUACCAUGACGCUCCCCGUAAUUCUUGGGUUUUUGACCAUGGCUAAUGUAGAGUCCGGGAACUGGGUCAUGAACGCUGCAGAGAAGGAACAGAAGCGGGCGGUUGAAGCGCAGGAAGAAAAGCGCGUAGCUGCUGGAGGAAAGCCUCGCAUCCAUCCGGGUAACAUCAUCAAGUCGGUACUCAGGACUGCGUCCGUUAUUCGAAUUAUCAUCGCUGCAAUGGCCCCCGGUAGCGUUACGCUUUAUUGGGUCACUUCGGCUGCGUUUGGCUUGGUGCAGACAUGGUAUAUGGAGUGGACAGACGCACUUCGUAGACGACGAGGUAUGGCCGUGCACCUGGCAAAGGAUAAUCCUCCGAUCACACCAAAUAAACCCAAGCCCCGCAAAUAG